GUGAGCGAUGGAGACCAUCUGGAUCUACCAGUUCCGUCUCAUCGUGAUCGGGGACUCCACCGUGGGCAAGUCAUGCCUCCUGCACCGCUUCACCCAGGGCCGCUUUCCCGGGCUGCGCUCCCCCGCCUGCGACCCCACCGUCGGCGUGGACUUCUUCUCCCGCCUGCUGGAGAUCGAGCCCGGCAAGAGGAUCAAGCUGCAGCUCUGGGACACGGCAGGACAGGAGCGGUUCAGAUCAAUAACUCGAUCUUAUUACCGCAACUCAGUUGGUGGAUUCUUAGUGUUUGACAUUACUAACCGACGAUCUUUUGAACAUGUGAAAGAUUGGCUAGAAGAAGCAAAAAUGUAUGUACAGCCAUUUCGGAUUGUAUUUCUGCUAGUGGGACAUAAAUGUGAUUUAGCUUCACAACGUCAAGUUACAAGGGAAGAAGCUGAGAAACUGUCAGCAGACUGUGGUAUGAAGUAUAUAGAAACCUCUGCAAGAGAUGCUACGAAUGUUGAGGAAUCCUUCACGAUCUUGACAAGAGACAUAUAUGAGCUGAUUAAAAGGGGAGAAAUUUGUAUUCAGGAUGGCUGGGAAGGGGUUAAAAGUGGUUUUGUUCCAAAUACUGUGCAUUCUUCUGAGGAAGCAGUCAAGCCCAGGAAAGAGUGCUUCUGCUGACUUCAAAUAUGCCAAAGAACUAACAAGAACAGAUUGGGUGUCAUUUCAGGAUAAAUACCAACAUUAACAGCAGAAUGAUGCAAUGAAUGCAUUAAAAAAAGUUAUCAACCCAUGCUAACACUAUUUUGUAAGGUAUCUGAUUCAGAGCACUAUGCUUACUUGUUACACUACCAGAUUGGAUAUUUUGCUAAAUUAUCAGACAAAGCAGACAACUUUUUCUUGAAACUGGAGUGUCUACAUAAUUACCUCCAUUCUUUGUUAUCAUAUAGCUGACCUUAAUAUCCAAAUUUGUCAAUGUUACUCAUUUUUCUUGGCAGUUCCAAAUGGUUUUUUUGUGCACAUAUAACCUGAUUGAAA